GGAAGUGCGCUUCCAUUUUGAAACGGACCGAAGUGAAGCCUCUCGCCUUCACGCGUUCGUCUUCGGAAGAAGAACCGCGGACACUUCCGGUUCCGACCUGCGCCAUUUUGAUGAAACGGCGAGGAGAGAAGCAGUUCGCAGCAUCGAAAUGGAUUUUAUGGAUUUAAAUUGAAGAUUAUCGCGGAUACUCAACGUUCGACUUCACGGGAUGGAACACGACUGUUUGACGAAGAGGAACCGUUGCGUCCCGACGACCUAACUGCUGCGUUGGUGACGUCAUUCGACAGCGAAAUUUAGGCAACAUUGUUAGCAUAGCACCGUUAACGUUAGCCGUUAGCUUUUGAUAGUUUCAUGUUGUGUUGAGUAACGUUAGCUAAUCUCGAGGUGUAGCAUGCUCUCCUUGGCGUUAGCUAACUAGCUAAUUUACCAUUUAAAUAUUAUAUUUCGAUUUCACAAUCCAUUCCUUUGAGGUCUAUCGGCGGUAAACGUAACAUUUGUGGAAUCGCUGCGGGAGAUUUCACGCCGUUUUGUGGACUCUUCGUGGAGCUCGGAUAGUUUUUUUGUUUUUUUUGUCUUGGCGAAUAAAGAACUGAACCAAACAAGGCAAACAUUCAAGGACCGAUGCUCUGGAAACCCCAGGCCUGCUGUUAGCUACCGGGCUUUCCACCGAAAAGACUGUUGGGCGACGGACUUGGCCUCACUCGCACCCCUGUGGUAGAUUUACUUUGUUGCGGAUGGACUCUCUUGGACGCACCCUGUUAUGUUUAAUCGGACUCUAAAGAACUGACGAGGCACACGACGCCGCUCAAUGGCGCUCUGGCCUCGCGUCUCGGUUAUUUUUUGUUGGCAAUAACAAGGACUCUUUCGCCAUUCUGCGAGCUGAACCCUUCCCCCCAUACACCCACCUCCUUUUGUCUACAGUGUUUCAGCGAAUAUAAAGAAAGUUUACACAUUAAAGUCACCAGAUUUAGCUGUGUUCAGUGUUGACGCUGUUUCAUUUUAUCAUAUACCAGGCCUGUGGUUUUUUUUUUUUCUUGUUCUUGAUUGACUUAAGUGCUUAGACCUGUUAAAAUGUCGUGUGUUCACUAUAAGUUCUCUUCCAAACUGGACUACAACACUGUCACUUUCGAUGGGCUGCAUAUCACCCUCAACGAGCUUAAAAAGCAGAUUAUGGGCCGCGAGCGCCUCAAGGCCACAGACUGCGACCUGCAGAUCACCAAUGCGCAGACUCGAGAAGAAUACACCGAUGAUGAAAUCCACAUCCCGAAACACUCGUCUGUGAUCGUCCGCCGCACUCCACUUGGUGGCGUAAAACCUGCUGGCAGGACGUUCAUUGUAGAUCGUUCUGACACAGCUGUGGUGGGAUCUUCUAGACCCGUAUGUAAAACAAACCAAAAAUCAACACUCUCUCCUCCUCUCUCCCUCUCCCCCUAUUUCUGGCUUUAGUCACAUUUCUUGAGAACAUUCUGUUAGCAAUGAUUGAGUUGUGUGUGUAUCCUCUGUUCACUGUGUGUUGGCUACAUUUGUGUUGAGAUCUCAACCUCUAUGUGUUAUUUGAUGUCUUUUUUGGGAAGGCUUCCUGGAGUCACCACAGUUACCAAUAGUUUGUUGUUUCUCUCUGAAAACACUGGCUUUCUGUUUUUGAAAUACGCAGAUAACAUUUGCUGAAUGAGAUGAGGUUAAGAUAAGAAACAACCAACUAGCCACCGUUGUUUUUUUUUAAUGCUCUGAACUUGUUGAACUGUUGCCACUUUAUAAUGAAUUGAGAAAUCACGCAAACUGUUAAUGAUUGUAUUUCAUAAUGAAAUGGUAUUGUUGCCUGCCUCAAGCCAGGAAAAUGUAUUUUUUAAAGGGGCUUGUGAAAGAAAAAAAUAUGGUAUUUUUGUAAUGAUAAUCCAUUGUCAUUUAUUUUCUGUGAAAAUAUUCAAUUUUUAUGUGGUUUAAGAACCCAAUGAAGUAAAGUGUGGCUGAGAUUGAUUGUAAUUUAACUUUUGAUUACAAUUACAAGACUAAAGUUGUGGGAGAGACUCACCAUUGUUUUAUUUAUUUUUUGAAAUCUCACCCUGCUAAUCUUUAAUAUACUUAAACUUGUUGUUCCGUAAUAUUUGCCAAUGUCAUUUUUUUUUGUCCUGUACAAUUUCAACAUGAAGAUGUUAUAUUCUGCAUUGAGUAUGGUCUGCACAUAACCUUUAAACUCCGAAGGCUCACAGAUUUCAUCCUGAUGAGUUAAACGCUUUGAAUUAAUUCAGUCUGUCUUACAAAGAAGCAGGUACUAUAGUUCAAAGUGUAUUUUUUGCAUCUUUGGUUCGGGGCAUCGGUAAGAAGCUAGUUUUUAUACAAGAGAUGCUCUCCCUUGACCACCUACUUAAAUUGCUGUGACAUGAUCACAAAGUACUUUGACAGAUUCUCAGUAAAGUAAAUCUCUUGUCGAUCUCGGGAGGCCUUCCAUGGCUGCUGCAGUGAGAAGUAUACUGGUGUAGUGUGUCCUGUGAGCUGUAAGCUGCAGAACCUGUCAAUAAAGUUGUUCAGUGGUUGUGUCAGAACCACUUGCACCAGA